UCCUGCCAGCUCCCCAGAAUCGGUGCCAAUGGACAUUCAGUCACAAAUUCAAUUCGAAAAAGAAAACAAUGUCUCAUACAAGUAUAUUUAUAGCUUCAAUCUGGAAGAACUGAGAAUCCUUAGUUUAGUAGAAUUGAAGAUGACAAUUAGCGCCACUCCAUCCAUUAAAGAUGAGUGCCUCACCGUGCGAGGCAAGGUUGUUUUGAGAGAUGUUCCUCCAAGUGUAGUAGUCUCACCAGCAAGUGAUGAGUCUGCUUUUCAUGGAGCCGCUGCUGCAAGUCCUAACUCUUACCAUGUUUUUAAUCUAGGGAUUCUCGAGGCACAGGAUGACAUGCCUCUUCAGGUUAAGAAUUUGGUGGUUGAUACCAAGUUUUGGAAAUUCAGGACGCGAUGUGCCUGCAGAAAUACAAAUGCUUCUUACAGAAGUAAGGGGAGAGUAUACUCUGGAUGGUGUAUUCAUGAUUCAACAACUGAAAACACCUUUUACAUCCUGUUGCUGCCUCACCUGGAUGGAUCGUUUGGUAACAGUUAGCUAAGUUCAAGUGAAAAUGAUGAUUCAAAUUGUUGACUCUUCAAAGGCUCAUGAUUUUUAUGAUGAUUCUCACAGUUACUUUGCUAGCUGUAGAAUUCAUAAUUUUUGCCUAGGCUUGGUAUGUGUCCCCACAUAUACACCAAACCAAUAGAUGAUUUAUACAUAUUUAUUAGUUUUAAAUAAUAGAGUACACGUCAAUCAUCCAAUACCAAAGUGUAAAAUACUCAUACAUACAAGUCACUUUCUUAUUAGAUGUGAUAUAUUCACCAAGUCUAGGUAAAAAUCUCCUAUCUACAGGUUUGUCUAAUUGUUUCUAUAAAGGGUAAUUUCCUACUAUUGCUUGUACUAAGUUAUUUAUUUUCCAGCAAGAGGCCUGGAGUUACCGGAGUAUCAGAGGAUUUCACCCAAAUGAGCCUCCUUUCAGACAUCGCAUAUUGCCACUGUAAUAAUCUUCUUCAAGGGGAGAUUGUGGUACCAGAUUGGGACAUGUUCUAUGUAAGAUGACUUGUUUUAUGCCAUUCAGUUGAUUAUGUCACCAUGACUUGCAGCUGUGUAGUCUAGAUUUAGAUGUAUUCAGUUUCUAACAAUUAUUAUCUGAUCGACAUGACCGGAGAUUUUAGCCUUAUAGUCAAGAGCCAGAGGCUAGAACUUAAAAAGUUUUGCAUUGCAUGUGAACUGUACCCUUCUUAGCAUCAUCCAAGCUUGUCUCAGACAAGCUAGUGGUAUCGGAAGAGUGUUUUCAGAGUGAUGACUAUAUGGCUGAUUCCCAUGCAGCCGCAAGAGCAAUAGGUGGGGUGUGCAGUGUAUGUAAGCGAAAUGCCAGGUAGUCGAAAUUUCAGUAUCAUCAAGAAGCUGGUACUGCCUGACAGCUCCAUCUUAAGAGCCAAGUGUGCUGGUCGCCUACACUAGACUGUUUAUCCGACGACCCAGUGAUAGAUGGGAAGAGGCAAUAGGUGAUAAAACUCCAUAACUUUGGUUUCGAACUGUAUGGUUGGAAAGAUAACUUCUUGUCAGUGUCACCAAUUCUUGUAUUAACUUGUUGCAGUCUGCUGAGAGUUCGGAAUUUGAACAAAUUAUCAGGGAUGGCAGGUGUUUUCAAUUGCCAGAGAGCAGGAACUUGGCCGCUUAGUUGCUCGUUAUGUGCGAACAUCAGAAUCUGCACCACACAUUUCAGGUUACAAUCUCCUCAGGAUGUUGAUUCACUUGAACAUAUUGCAGAAGAAAUCUGUGGUGGAGAUUGUGCUUCAUAUGCAUUCCAUUCAGGUUAUUAUGUGGGGAAGAAAAAAGAGUUCUUUUCGAUUCUUAGCUAAGAAUGGCAAGUAAUAGUAUCAUGUUGCAGGAUCUCUUUAUAUGAAAAUUCUACCCAAGUAACUAACUAUUAAUAUGAUCUUUUCUCUCAUGUAAUGUUUCUCUUCUGUGACAAUUUAACUAGUAUCAAAAUGGAUAAAGUUUGAAGAAGAUUUUGACUGAA